AAAAAAUGCGCUUAUUAACUCUAUACUUUGGAUGCUCACUCUUCUUGGGUCUCGAGCUUUCCUCUGUCUCUCUCUGUAUUUGUAGAGCAUGAACAAAAGUGGGGCACUCUGGAACUUGAAGGCUUUUUAGGCUUCUCUAGUUCUCUGCCGUCACGUGUUCAAACCCAACCCAUAAGUCCAAAACCAUUGUUGUAGUAGUAUUAAAUUAGUUGUAUAGUUUUCAAUCCAAAACAUCUCUCUGUCUCCCACAGUUUCCAUGUCAGGACCAUUGUUUUCUUGUUUUUUAUUUUUAUUUUUUAUCUUUUACUAAACUUACAAGAAAACCUGUUUGAGGCUGUACUUUGAGACCCAGUGGUUUUUAUUUUUUUUAUUUUUAAAGGGUGAUAUUUCUAUUAUUAUUGUUCUAUUGCUGAGCUAUGGAGAUUUUUGGAACUGGGUAGAUUUUGUUUUUAAUGUUCUUUUUUGGGUCUCUUUUAUUUAAGUUCUUGAUUGGUCAGUAAAGGUAAGAGUAGCUGAUUCAGGAUUUGGUGUUAUGGGGAUGAUUAUGAAGAUCAAUUUUGGCUGAGUAUAGCUGGGAAAAUCAGUGACACAACACAAGCGCAGCCAUUUGGUGGUUAUUCUUUCAGCUUUUGUGGUUAAGCUAGAUACCAUAAACUUCUUUGCUGUUCCACGUAUUGAGCAAAAUGGGAUGUGUUGCAUCGAGGAUUGAGAAGGAUGAGCGGGUGCAGAUUUGCAGGGAGAGGAAGAAGCUAAUGAAACAGUUGGUUCGGUUUAGGGGAGAUUUUGUGGAUGCCCAAUUGGGUUAUUUGAAAGCAUUAAAGAAUACAGGAGUAACUCUUCGGCAAUUCACUGAGUCAGAGACAUUAGAGCUCGAAAAUAUCCCUUUUGACCUGCAAUUGCCUCCCUCACCACCUCCACCAUUGCCUCCUCCACCACCUCCUUUCAGCCCUGAUUUGAGAAAAUUUGAUGAAAAUAAUAGGAAGGAAGAAGUUCCCCAAAAAGAAAGCACAGAGAUUGAAGAGUAUGAUCGUAGUACCCCAUCACCUCUUAGGUCGUGGGACAUUUUGGACACUUUUAGGUGUUCAUCACCACAUCAUCAUUACAAGAAUAGUGAAUUGGUGGAACUAGUUGAGGACGAAAAGUGGGCAGAGACUAAGACAGAAUUUGAAGAAGAAGAUCAGAAAGAGGAAGCUGUUGCGAAAAUUGUUGUAAAUCCACUUCCUGAGAAGCCUCAGCCUGUAGAAGUGGUUGAUGAUAAUUCAUCAACAAUGAGCUGGUAUAAAGAAACUGAUGAUGCAUGGAGGAGCAAGAAGACCCUAGAGGGUAUCAUGCGUGAGUUAGACGACUACUUCCUUAAAGCAUCAGCUGGUGGAAAGGAAAUAGCUGUUUUUAUGGACAUUAGUGGAGGGGAUACAUUUCUUUCAUGGGGUCUAGAAGAAAACAAAAGAAAGAAUUCUGCAAAAGUCUUUAAUUCAUUGUCAUGGAAUUGGUCAUCCAAGUCUCUUCAGGGAACCAAAGAGGAUGUUGGGCUUUAUGGCUCUAGUGAACCGUGCAGGGUUGGAGCUCAUUGUGUCACACUUAGAAAGCUUUAUGAUGCAGAGCAGAGACUUUACAAGGAAAUGAAGGAGGAAGAAAUUACUAAAUUAGAGUAUGCAAGGAAGUGUUCCUUACUGGAAAAACAAAAUACUGAGAACAAUGACUCGACCAAGACUGAGAAAACUCGAUUAAGUGUUGAGAGUUUGGAGGCUGUCAUAGUACGCUUGAAAGAAUCAAUUAGUAGUAUUUGUUCAUCAAUAUUGGAGCGCAUAGAUGAGGAGCUGUACCCACAGUUGGUUGCAUUGACUUCUGGGCUAAUGCAGAUGUGGAAAACAAUGUAUGAGGCUCAUCAAGUUCAAUACCAAAUUUCUCUGCGGUUGAUUCGUCUCCAUGAUAAUCCAAGCACAGAGAUCAGUACAGAUUCCCGUCGCCGGGCAACAGCUCAGCUAGAAACUGAGGUUACCUACUGGUACAACAGCUUCUGCAAACUCACAAAGUCUCAAAGGGACUAUGUAAGAACCCUCUCCAGGUGGAUCCAACUCACCAACCGCCUUGAAGAUGAUCAUCAACAUGGUGGUUACUCAUCUGUAAUCCGCAGCCUAUGCGAAUCUUGGCAGCUUGUUGUUGACAGAUUACCUGAUAAGGUAACCUCAGAGGCCAUUAAAAGCCUUUUGUCUGCCAUCCGCGAUGUAAUCCUGCAGCAGGCAGAGGAAAACAACCUGCAGAAGAAAUCCAAUAAAUUUGAGAAAAAGUUGCAAAAAGAGUCAGACUCUCUAGCAGAGAUUGAGAAGAAACUUGAGGUUACAGAAGAUACACUCUCUGAAUUGAGCCCUAAGCAUCCUUUAUCACAGAAGCAUGCCAAAAUUGAAGCUCUAAAGAACCAGGCGGACUGCGAGAAGGCCAAAUAUCUGAAUGCAGUCCAGGUUACAAGGGACAUGACAUUGGAUAAGUUGAAAGCAAGCCUUCCCAAACUAUUCCAGGCAUUAAUGGAAUUCUCAAGUGCUUCUGCUCAGGCUAUUGAGGCUGUUCACAACCAUGUCAAACCGGAAGUUAGCUGUGACGAUGCACCACAAAACUCAACAAAUUGAAUACCUUUCAGAUUAUAAGAUGAAGUGAAAAUCUGGUAGCCCCUGUUUCAGGACCAUUAGGCCAACAUAUAGGGACCUGGUGUAAAUUCAUUGUCUUGAGGUUUUGAUGAAAUUACGGUGGAAUUCUAUUUCUUUUUAUAGCAACGGAUAUAAUUGUUUUGUUCUUGAUUAUUGGUAAAGUUUUAUAUGCACCCAAUGAGGGUUGAAUCCA